UUUCUGAAGGGCGACCGGGCUGUGGUCGGUUCGGCGGGUGCGCCAGGGCCUGGCAGGGGCGGGGCGGCUUUAUCGCCCGGUUCUGCGGCUGCUUCCUGGUGCUCCAGAGCUAGCUGGGCCGCUGUCCUCUCGCCAUGGGCUCCGGGCCGCGCGGGGCGCUGAGCCUAAUGCUUCUGCUGCUCGCGCCGCCGGGCCGCCCGGCCGCUGGCUGCCCGGCCCCGUGUCGCUGCGCGGGGACGCGCGUGGACUGCGGGCGCCGCGGGCUGACGUGGGCUUCGCUACCGGCCGCCUUCCCGCCGGACACGACCGAACUGGUGCUGACGGGCAACAACCUGACGGCGUUGCCACCGGGGCUGCUGGACGCGCUGCCGGUGCUGCGUGCCGUGCACAUGGGCGCCAACCCCUGGCGCUGUGACUGCCACCUGGUGCCGCUGCGCGCCUGGCUGGCAGGCCGGCUGGAGCGCGAGCCCUACCGCGACCUGCGCUGCGCCGCGCCCCCCGCGCUACGGGGCCGCCUGCUGUCUUACCUGGCGGAGGAGGAGCUGCGAGCCGCCUGCCCGCCUGGCGCGCUCUGCCGCGGGGCGCUGGCGGCGCAGCUCCUGCUACUCUGCCUCGGGCUGCUGCACGCGCUGCUGCUGGCGCUGCUGCUGUGCCGACUGCGGAGGCUGCGCGCCCGCGCCGCGCGCCGGUGGCCGCUGACUACCCCGCUGGUGGCGGAGCCCGCGACCCCCGAGCCGAGCGACUGGCGCUGA